AUGGACUCCAUCAAUAAUAGCAAUGAAAAUUUUCUUGACGCUCUAUAUCAUGAUAGUGAUGAUGAUGAUGAUGCUAUUGAUAAAGAAUUGUGUGAUCUAAAAUCAAUCAUACAGGAUAGUGGAAUUCACUUUGAGCAAUUUUAUGAUCCAGCUCAAACAUUAAUCGAUUGGACCGAUGGGCUGGAUGAAAUUGAUAACAUUGUACAUCAUCGAUUGCAUUCUAUUGCUACAUCGCAUAAGAAUCCACUGCAAUUACAGAAUGAAAUCAAUAAUCCAUUACAAAAUUUGGUCGCAUAUACAGAAGAAUCUUAUUCUGAUUAUAGCAACUUCUCUAUAGAUAACAAUUGGGAUAUCAACGAGCCUGCCGCAACAACUAUCCCGGAUGAUAACGUUCAAAAUAUUUACUUAUUGCAAUCUAAUCGAGAUGAAAACUCUGGUCGUCAUUCCAUGGAUAUCAUUUACGAGACCGGAAUAGAACAUGAUCCUACAGCAUCAAAUGUUGAUGGUCCAAUUAAUAUGGGACUGUCCACAGAUAGGAACGAAAUCGUGAACGAUAUUAUUUAUAAUUUGGAUAUAAGCCACGAUAUUAGUCAUCAUCUAGGCUAUAGUCAUUCAAAAUCUGACGAAAAUAGCCAUCAAGAAAGUCACCAUUCCAACUAUCAAUGCGAAAACGAAGUCGAUAACGGCAAUGAUUUCCAAAAAAACAAUUUUACUUCCUGUUCAUCAUAUCAGUCGAAAAAUGUCGAUCUUUUAUUACGUCCAUCACGACACAAUGAUUGGACACCUAAUCCACAAAAAUUAAUCAAAGCUGGACAAGAUUUAAAUAAAUUAUUGUCCAUAAUGAAUAAUUUAACACAGAAAGAUGUUAUGAAUCCUGGAUUUCAAUCUCAAAUUCGUCGAGAGAAGAACAAAAUUGCAUCCAGAAUAUGUAGAUUGAAGAAGAAGCAAGCUUAUGAAUCAAAUAAGAUCAAGCUGCAUGGAUUAGAGAAAGAACAUGAUAAUAUUAGUAAUAUCUUAAGAACGCUUAAAAGUGAACUAUUAAACUAUCAAAUGAAUCCCCCCUUAGCAAGCAACCUUACGUGGAAUAAGAUAAUAACAGAUAUUGAGCAAUCUUGCAAUCCUAUCUCGAACGUAGCUGGUCGUUCGUCCGAUUAUGUUAGAGAAAUCCUUAGACAAGUAGUUCAAAUUAAAUCCGAAAAAGAGUGA